CUUUGGGCUCGAUUGCUGUGUUCGAUUUCGACAACUUUGUGGUAGAAUAUCCGAAGAUGGAAGCUAUAUUUUAUUAUUUUAUACACCUUUUAUUCAUCGAUUAAUUUUAUAUUUAAGACAAAAUCGAGUUUCCAGUUGAAAAUACAAUGGAAUCCUGAUUAAACUUCACAGGAAAAGAAAGAGGAAUCCAAUUAACCAUAUCAAUAUUAUGUGUGGCUAAGUCGUGCUUGACUUACUUGAAUCCGAGAGUGUGGCUCGAAUAAAAUCGAAGGAAAAUGGAUUCAGUCAACACAGUCUGCCCAGUGUGUACAUUAUACCUUAGGCCUGGGAUCACUCUGAAGCAACAUCUGACCUCGCAUCCCAAACAAAAAGUCAUCGAGGCCUUAGUCAAGCUAGCGGGUGCAGAUGAUCCUUCGAAAGCCCAAAACGCGGGAUGCGUGUCGAAUUUCCCGGCUCCCAUAACCUGCUCUUCUAGCACCAGCAGCGAUCAGACGAGUUCGGCUAUCGCGAAUCAAUCAUGGAGUAAUUCCCCCGCACCAGUUCAAAUGGGGGGUCCUUCCAAUAUGAACUCACUUCAUGGCAAUCACCUAUUUAUAUAUCAGCAAAGCAUGAGUACUUCAAGUCCCCAGGGUAACGCGAUGCAAGUUAAUCCUUUAUCGCAGCAAUAUGUGUAUCAUCCUGCGAUAUUCAAUCCUCAAAUGAUGCCGUAUGUCUAUCAGCAACAGCAGGUAAUUUUAGCCAGUAAUUCUGUACAUCCCCAGAUGAGGGCAUUGCCUUUUGAUAUAUCCGAUACUGAACCCACUAUCACACCUGUUGAUGAUGGCAAGGAGACUGAGAAAGAAACUGCCACUGUAGCAGAAAAAGACAACAAUGUAAACAUAGUAAUUUUACAAGAAGGCGAUAUUGAAGAACUAGCGGAUGAUACGGAUGACCCUAAAAAAGAAAUAGACAAUUUGCACACUGAAGAAGACAUAAAAACCAUGGAAGAUUUUGAAAACGAGCAAACCGAAGCGAACGAUAUCCCUCCGGAAGAAUUCCAAGAUAACGAAGAUGAAAACAGAGAGGAUUUCGAUCAAACCGAAGUCAGCCGAUCAUCUUACUCGGAGAGCACCGAAUGGAAAAACGACAAUGAAUUGAGUAAAGCUUGUCAAACGCAAACGGCCGCAGUUCAUUCUCCGAAAGAAACCCUACCCGCAAACGAGGGUAACUACGUUAAUUUGCACCAAAUCGACUACUUCUAUGUGGAACAGGAAAACGAGAACUUCCAUCGUGAGGAACACAACACAUCCGUAGGGUACACAGUCCACAAGGAGUCGGAAAACUACGAGCAGUCUGAACCGAUUUAUACCUCUGCCAACAUACUACAAGGCAAUGAUCACUUAGACUUUAUGAAUUUGGACGAUAUUGUAAUAACGGGCGAGUACACCUCUAAUCCGGUGGCUUCGCACGUGGAGCACUUCGAUGCCACUUUAAACGAAAGGCCCAAAGUCCUCAUGACAAUCGGCGAAAUGCCCGAGCAAAAAAUCGAUUUUCACGAGCCAAGAGACUUCGAAGAGAGCGUGUCCAGAAGCAGCUCUCACGUUAACAUAAGGUCAGACGAGAGGAUGCCCCCUCGCGGCGAACUGUCCGGACAGGAGAGUUUAGGCGGCAACAGCGACAUUUCUACUUGGAACCGAUUGCACUACCAAGAAGGGGGCUCCUACGAGAUAAUCGAGCGCGAAUCCUGGGAAGCUUCGGACAGCGAGAGCUUCGAUAUGAACUCUGUAAAGAAGCAAAAUACGAGUCGAGCGCCUUCUCGGCAGAAUACUUACGAAGACGACAUGCCUACGAUAGUCAGCUACUUCGGGCCGCCUUUGAACUUCAAAUGCUCCACUUGCGGAGAAGAUUUCGCCAGUUCUAAGGAGAGGAAGGAGCACGAAUUAAACAAGCACCCGGGACAAUUAAAGAGUAGGGUAGUAGGAAGCGAAAUUGGCAAGAAGACUGUUAAGAAACUGAUAAUAAAGGCCAAAUCCGAAAAACCCGCGGCGGAACCUAGUUUUGAUAACAUAUUCACGAAUAAACUAAAAUUAGAGAGUACCAAUGACGUUGCGAACGAGUUAGCGUCUUUAGAAACUCAGGUUAAGAAGGACGAGCCUGCAUUGGAAAUUUCCUCCAUAAAAGCCGUUUGUCCCAUUUGCGAUUGCAUAUUCGAUAACUCGGAAGAGCUGAGACAGCACAGAAUCGAGUUACACAAGGGCGUUCUUCCGGUGAAACAUAAAUGCUUAACGUGCGGCGAAAUCUUUCCGAACGAAUAUAAAUACACGGACCAUCUGAAAGUCCACCCGUUGGAGUGCAGACUCUGCGGGAAGCUCUUUUUCAGGAGGCAAAACAUCCGAUUGCACAUGAAGAGACAUUUAGGUUUGAGGCCCUACAAAUGCGACAUAUGUGAAAAGUCCUUCGUUACCAAACAGAAGCAUGAUGAACACAAAAACAUCCAUACAGGCGAAGCUCCGAUAAAAUGCAAUCUGUGCGACGAGAAGUUCAGGAGACAUUCGAAUUUGGUGCAGCACCGGAACCGGCAUCACUUUCAAAUGAAGAAGAAGAUCAAGGAGUACAUUUGCCACUGCGGCGAAAUAUUCCACUCGAAGAAGAAAUUGGCUUGGCACAAGGAAAUCCACGACGCCAAGCCGAAGGCGUGCAGCCACUGCAGCGAGAAGUUCCUGCACGUAUCGAGCCUGACCAGGCACAUGCGCAGGGCCCACAACGACAAAUUCCUGCCAGAGGAGAGCCGCAAAAACGAGAACGUCGAGUGUCCCAUUUGCAAAGGGACGUACUUGAAGUCGUCGUUGGACGUGCACAUAAAAAACCACAGCGGAACAAGGCCCUACACAUGCCUCAUGUGCAACAAGCACUUCACGACCAAGUGGAAUCUGAAGCUGCACAAAUGGACUCACGCCAGUCGAACUUCCAAACCGUUUAAAUGUGAUUUGUGCAAAGGGGCGUUCAUUCGCGAGUCGGAUUAUACGGCGCACAUGAAUUCUCACAAGAGCGUCCGGCCGUACACGUGUAACUAUUGCGGGGCGCAGUUCAUUCGCAAGUACAAUUGCCUGCGUCACGUGAAAGAGCACGAAAGCGACAAGACGUUCAGUUGCAACGUGUGCGGUAAAACGUUUCAUAGGUCUUAUUAUUUGAAGGACCAUAUGAGAGUUCAUAGCGGCGUCAGGCCUUAUAGUUGUCACAUUUGCGGUAAAACUUCCACCACAAAGUCGAAUCACAACAAACAUGUACAAAUUCAUCAUGCCAGGGAACCGGUCAGUACGGAAAAUUAGAUCGUGGGUUCAUUUUAUUUUUUUUUUUUUUAGUAGCAAAAGUAUUGGUUGUAUCGGCAUUUUAUUUCAUUUUAGCAAAAAAACGGGGUAUGAUUUUUUUUAUUUUCUUUAUAUAAAUUAGUACCUUAAUACUUAUUUUAUAUUAUACAACAAUUUUAGGUAAGGGUUUUAUUAGAAUUUUUAAAUUUAAACUUUUAUUUGAAUUACGAAUUUAUAGGUUUUUUAUGCACAUUUGAGAUCAUUUUAGUUUGUAUUUUAUUUUUUUAAGGUAAGUGCGCACAACGUGUUUAUUUAGCAAGUUCUAAAUAAUUGUAACUUAUUGGGCUAUUGUAAUUUUCCCUCGUACUAGCAGUUAACCACUGCCUUUUUAUUUUUACUUUUAUCACUAAUUAUUACCUACUUAUACUUAAGAUUUUAUUUUAUAGUGUAUGUUAGCACAUAACUGAUAAGUUGUAAAUACAGUUUUUUAGGUGUCUCAUUUUUCUUUGUAUAUUAAAAUAAAACAUAUUUAUGUUGGUUUAUCA